AUGGGAAACCUAGGGAUCCCCUACUUCACGAACAGCAGCAGCGAUGCGUGUGCAGCUGGUGAGGAUUGUAAGGCAGGAUCCACUCCGACGGGUGAGACCCGAGGUGCGCCCUUGCGCCCGGGUUCAAAACCCCAACAAGGACCAAAGGAGGAGGGAUGGUGGCCAGGGAGGUUCGCCUGGCUGAUCCAUCUUAGCUUCCAACUUCUCUCGGAUGCCGCUUAUGUGAGUCUCAACUACUGCGGCACGCUGUGCGCGUCCAUCGGGUUAGCUGCCCGGUGGUCGUACUGGCUUGCCACUGCCGUAGUGGCAGUGUUCCUCUUACAGCUCCUGGUUUGGACUUGCAAUUGGAUCGUAAUACCCGUCUACAGGCACAGCGUGGCUUUCGGUCGAUACCUCACUGGGCAUGGGCAGUGGUAUGAGCUAGCUCAGAUCCAUGGAGUGCGGGUCUUCCGACCCAAGUGGGUCGGACCAAGAGGUCGGGAGGAGUGGACUUCCGGGUUUGCGCAGCAGGAAGUCCGCGGAAGAGGAGAGGGCAGAGAGCCCGUGGACCUCCUGGUCACCGAUGGGACGGCUAUAGCGAGACUCCGACAUGGCACGCUGAGGGGAAGGACCCAUCGGUACGGGUUCCGAGCUGAAUGUGACACGGUCCACUCCUCAUCGCAUCGCUAUUACAGGAAUCAAUUGGAGGGAAUGGAUUGCAGAGUGCACUUGUGCUCCCAAACCCCGUGCGGACAACCGGAUGACGAUUGCACGCAUGUGGUAGCAGCCGCAGUUAUCCCCCGCCAUCUCGAAUUUGAUUUGCAAGAUGAGGGGGAGGAUGAAAUGGGCUGUCAGGCCGAGUCCGUAGCGUUUCUGGUAAACGGCAAAGCGAUGCCCCUGUCUUUCGCCCCUUGCAAGGAUGCAGCUAGGGGGAACAAAGUGAAGCUCUUGGCCUCCGACGCCGAGGCGCGUUUCGCGCCCGGAGUCGAGACUGAGAAUUCGCGGGAAGUGCUUCCUCGGGCAACCCAGCCUACCUCCCUGGGCCAAUACUUGCGAGCUAUCCUCGAAGGGAAAGGGAUCUCCGAGGCUCUUCGAGCUUGUGCCAAAGCGGACUGUGGGCCAAGAGAGACCUGGGAAGAGUUGAAGGAACAGGAGAAGGGAAAAGACCAACAAGAUGCCACUGAGCGGCCUAUUGAAGUCCUUCCACGCUCUCGAGCGUCGUCCCGUUCGGUAGCCCCCAGCGCAGCCAGCUUGUACCGCCCUAGAGGCACCGCAACGCUGCCUUUGGGUAUGCCAGAGCUCAGAGCCACUAACCCUCGGGACGCCUAUGCAUCUUUCGCUGCAGUGUCAAGGCCUCGGCGCGCAGGGGCUUACACUGACGGUGAACCGCUGCACACGGACGAGACCGCCAAGGCGUUGCAGGCCAUUGCACGAGCGGUGACCUCCAAGGAUGAAGCGGCUAGCCAUGACAAGGGAAAGUUGGCUUCCAUCGGAAAGGUGGAGGAAAGGCUCAUCUUCUUGGUGCGAGGAUGUGAUGCCUUGACCGUUUCAUUGGGGAAGGCGACAGUUGGUAAGGAGUUGUUCCAUUCCUUGAGGUCCACUUCUACCCAAGGCAGACCACAACUUCGGAUGAUGCAAUUCCCCGUCAACAUCAACAACCGGAUCGCCUACGGCUUGGCGUCUCUCAACAUCAGGGGAAAGGACGCAAAGGCAGUGCCGGAGUACUGUCUUUCAGCGGCCGAUUUCCCUCUGACCUCAGAAGAGGAGUUCGAUGGCUGGAUUGGAUGCUCAGACCUCAAGUUGGAGAAACGGCCCAAGCCCCCCAUGACGCUGAACGCUUGGUACCGCAAUGCACUCCGAGAAGCUUGGGCAAUAGCCUGUGUGUAUGGCACGGAACACUACGCAUCUCUCGAGCAAGCGGCAACUUUUUUGCUGAAGCUGGGAGAGGAGCACGCGUACAUGUGGCCCGCGCACGCUAUCUUCAGCGUUUGGGAAGAACUCUGGUCGAGGUAUGUGGAAGAGCUCAAGGACCUUGACCGAGAACUCAGGAGGGCUAUGAAGGAGGAAUCCCCUACCUUCGAGAGAAUCCGUUUCUUCGUGACCGCGCCUGGAGAAGACGGAGAGCCCUGGCUGAGAUUGCCUCGAACCUUCUUCCUUGAGGACCCCCUUGAGUAUUUCCAGACGGAUGUUCUUCCAAGGCACAACCGGCUGUUGUCAAGAGCCUGUUGGCAGGUCGCCUUAAAAAAGACCCCUGGGGGUAUCGGAACCUUGCAUGGAGGGAAGGCCGGCGAAGGACCCGAGGCGUGCGAUUCGCGCCCGGGGCCAAAGCCGGGAAAGGUAGAUACCCAGAGCAAACCCUUCAUCGGGCCCCCUCUCACCAACAAGGAAGCUGCUCGGGCGUUGGAUCACCGUCCCAAAGAGAAGAUGGGAGCCCGAUACCUAUGCUGGGACCACAUGUGUCACAAGGGCUGCGCAAGACCGGGAACUUGCCCCCAUGCUCACGGAACCGCUCCGAAGUGGGAAUCUCUUGACUGGGCGGUGCAAAUGCAGCUGAUCAGGAGAGGCGGUCUUAGAAGCAAGGCCCGGCUUACUGAGCAGCAAGCAGCCGAGCAGAUUGAAGCCACCCGGAAGGCACAAGUUCUGAAGACGCCAGAAAUGGUCAACAAAGGGAAGAAGGUGAAGAAGGUUGGAGAGGCAGAACCGUCCGGAGACCAGAGUGAAUCCAAAGUGGGAGAGGAUUCAAGAGCUCCGGCAAGAGCGCCGGCGAGUGUUAGCCCCUGCGAUGAACCACCAGAGGAGUUCACCGGCAUCCACCCCACAGAUCAGGAGAGUGAAAUGAUGGAUCUACUGGAGGGACCGGUGAGCUUCUUCAAAGACCAGGAUGCCCUCAAACCAGCUCGAGAAGCAACAGUCAAGAAUGAUGCGAUUGGCCCCCCUGGAGUCGAUCGUUUGAAGGGAAUGAAAGAUGUCGACCAAUCUGGGUUGACAAAGGGCUUCGAGGGACUGCUGCGGGUCUAUCUGAGCAACCAGUUGUUGCUCCACCUGACAAGGCCCUGA